UUGAAGGCUAAGCCUGCAGACCUACCGGACUUACCCUCGACCGACAAACCGAAGCCCGCCCCGGAUGUCUCCCGGCCAGACAAAUCGCCACAAUUCACCCUGCCACCAUGGUAUGACGAGAACGACGACGAUAAAGCUGCAUCGAAGGAUCCAAGACCAUCGAAGCCGUCUAUCAAGGGUUCGAAAGAGACGGGCGCCGUUGGCGACUCAAGCAAGGCUUCUUCAUCCUCGAAGUCAUCUAAGCCUGCAUCGGCUUCCCCUGGCGACAGGCCUCUCAUCCUGUACGCCUUUGCCGAGUCCGCCCCUGCCCGUGAAAACCUCCAAUUCUUCGUCAAACAAGGUCUUCAUGAUGCUGCCGAUUUCGUGUUUAUCCUCAAUGGUGAAACGAACGCCUCAAGCAUUAUUCCCGAGAAAAAGAACAUCCAGGUCGUCAACCGCCCCAACACCUGCUUCGAUCUUGGCGCAUACGGCGAGGUCCUACGAAAAGAUAACUUAUAUAAGAAGUACAAGCGAUUCAUUACGUUGAAUGCGAGUAUUCGUGGUCCCUUCCUCCCACACUGGGGGUCCAAGUCGUGCUGGAGCGAUCUAUAUCUGGACCGGAUCACCGACAAAGUCAAGUUGGUUGGUAUGACAGCCAACUGCUGGCCCCGAUUCCACGUUCAGUCCAUGAUCUGGGCCACAGACAGCGUCGGCAUUGACCUACUCCUGAACCCUCCAAAGAGCUCUUCUGUUAGCGACGACUUCGGUACCGAAAACGACCCAGUCGGCAUGGCCGGUUGCUACGAUGGUUGGAAUCACGCCGUGCACGCAGAGAUCGGUGCUACGAGCACCUUUCUAAAGCAGGGUUACCAGGUGGAUCUGAUGAUGUCGGCUUUCCAUAAGUCGAAGAACUAUAUCGAAGAGUGCGACAGCUCGACGAACGGAGAUGUGCUUUGGAACGGAAAAUACUUCGGCACCAAUGUUCAUCCAUACGAGACCAUCUUCAUCAAGGCAAACCGAGAUAUCGACCCGACGCUGAUUGGGCACUUGACGACAUGGCAACAAGCAUCGGGGUUCGAUAGUUACAGCGCCUGCAGCAAGAGCUCUUAG